CUUCUUCUUCCGCUGCGUCAGAUCCAUCAUGGCGGCGCCCCAUGCCGUGGACGGAGUGGAGCUAGGGACCGGGGAAACUCAGCUAAUUCUUCCCGAUUCUGGCUCUGAUGAAGGGAAAAGACCACAAUUUGGGACCCGCUUUCUCACGGACCCACGACAGGUUUUUCAACAUAACGCGUGGGACAAUGUGGAGUGGACCGAGGAGCAAGAAAGUGCAGCAAAGAAGAAAGUCCUGGAGAAUAGCCAGCCCCUGCCUGCUGAAAAACAAGAGGAGUUUGACACAAAGGCAAAUGAGUUCUGGAAUGAAUUUUACACCAUCCAUGAAAACCGGUUCUUCAAAGACAGACACUGGCUCUUCACAGAGUUCCCUGAGCUCGCCCCUCAGUCCUGCCCCAGACCAGAGUCACUCACACAAGAGUCUAACACAGAGGAUAUACAGCAGAGCAGUCCAACUACAGGGCCGUGUAGUGAAGUGGAGGCUCUUACUCUUAAUGAUGAAAGCUUCCCAGGAGCCAGUGCAACAUAUAGAAUACUAGAGGUUGGCUGUGGAGUUGGCAACACAGUUUUCCCAAUACUGAAGACCAACAAUGACCCUGGUCUGUUUGUUUACUGUUGUGACUUCUCCAGCACUGCAGUCGAGUUAGUGAAGACUAAUCCGGAGUAUGACCCUGGGCGCUGCUUUGCCUUUGUUCAUGAUCUGAGUGAUGUGGAAGCCAAUUACCCCAUCCCCGACGGGACCCUGGAUGUUCUGGUCCUGAUCUUUGUACUAUCUGCGCUGCAUCCCAAAAAGAUGCAGGCCUCCAUCAGUAGACUGGCUCGACUGUUGAAGCCUGGAGGGAUGAUGCUGCUCAGAGACUACGGACGCUAUGACAUGGCUCAACUACGGUUUAAGAAAGGAAGGUGCCUUUCAGAAAACUUCUAUGUCCGUGGUGACGGGACACGAGUUUACUUCUUUACUCAAGAUGAAUUACAUGAGUUAUUCAUGUCGGCUGGUUUAGAGAAAGUGCAGAACCUUGUGGACAGACGUCUUCAGGUGAACAGAGGGAAGCAGCUGACCAUGUACCGAGUCUGGAUCCAGUGCAAAUACCGCAAAGGCCUUGAACGCACCACAGAAACGCUGAGCUGAAGGAAAAGGACCAUAAUCAUUUAUUUCUUUAAAGACCCCAUAAUCAAAGUGGUGCAGUAUUGUUUGUUAAUGGCACCAUCUGAAACCAAUUCAAGCGGAUACGACUGCUUGAUAGAUUGGUUGUGUUCCCAGGUGGACUGUUAAUAUUGAUGGACUUAUGUUACGGCUUGUAUGUUCGACAAUAGAAGGUACCCUGUUUGAGGGAAUUCUGGUUGAUAAUUAAUAUUUGACUAAAUCCUGUUUUUUAAUGUCUUAAUUCUCUUCAAAUAAACUUAAUGAAGAUUG